ACGGCCGCAUGAUGCAGAAGAUGUUGGUGGUUAGAGCUGCAUCAAGAUCUGCUCUUUUGCAAACCUGUUCCGGCUCUGUUAUAUUGUCCAGCUGCGCUUUCUGAUAGGCGGUCUAGAGACAAUAUAUCCACCACAGGAUACCGAUGCCAGCCUCCGGCGCUAUGCCUACGUAUUUCCAGUCACUGUAGGAUGACGCACAGUCGAUAAAGGACCGCGUCGCUCCAACGCUUGCUACACCAAUACUGGUGGCUCUCAUUCAGCAAUUCUUUCACACAUGGCGAACUCAUUGGAUAUCAGUAUGGCAACCCUCGCCAGCUUCCUCGCACUUGGUAUCUUGAACGGAAUAUUCUUUGUCCUGUUCAUUGGCUCUCUGUACGUCCUCUUCAGAAGAGGGGACACCCAAAGGGCGAACUGGAUUCUGGCGUCUGCGGCCAUCAUCAUGUUUGUUCUCACUACGACGCACCUAGGAUUCUCCUUCUCCAGAAUACAAGAUAUUUUCAUAUGGUCUCCAGCUAACGCGCUCAAUCUCAACGAGUGGAAAGAACUCUGCCGGACGACGCUGACAUGCGUAUACAUGGGUAUAGCCGACACGCUCCUGAUAUGGCGCUGUUGGAUUGUCUGGAACCGUCGACUUCGUGUGGUGGCCCUUCCUAUCGCACUCUUAUUGACAUGCAUUGCUAUGAUCGCCUUACUCCUUCGUGCGAUGUAUUCGUCCACUCAGUCCGCUGAAGGCAUCUUUGCACUAUCCCUCGCACCAUGGAUCAUCGCUGUACUAGUCCUCACACUCGUGCAAAACCUCCUCGUGACAUGUCUUAUCGUCCUCCGACUAUGGAGGAUGGACUCCGUCGUAAAUAAACGAACUGGUUCUAAACCCUUCCAGCCCGUAAUCGCCAUCGUCCUCGAGAGUGGGAUACUGUAUUCUGUCACCCUGUUCAUUUGGCUCCUGACCUAUAGCACGCAUUCCAAUUCCGCAUACAUUAUGGUGGAUUGUAUUAAUCCCAUGAUCGGCAUCACCUACUGUCUUCUUGUAAUUCGAGUUCGAACAGUCGACCCCGGUAUCUCUGCCGACGAAACAAUACCUGACGAGUUCAAAAUACCGGAUCUGUCUCAGCUGGCAUCCUUGGAAGUGCAUCCGUCUUUGCAGAGGAACACGGCGGCAAGAAGCGCUGGGACCACCAGAACCUCGGCUCAGAAUCUCGAGAUUCCAGAGAGAGAUGCACAUCAGGAAGACCCAGACAUGGCAGUAUAG